CCACUCUGCUUGGGCAGGAGCAACUCACAGAGCAGGAGCCGCCGUCAGCCAGACAAGACGGUUUCAAGUUACACACUUCUACCGGGCUUUGUUUCUUUUCAUCAUUAAUAAUCGCGGUUUGGUCGCUUGAUAUCCGUACGGGCAGUUUCAGGUUAAGUUAAGGUGGUCGUUCAAACAAUAAACCCAGGUUCACUUUGGUAGAAAAGGCAGCAGCAGAAGAAGACAAUGUGGCAGACGAAGAAGCAGCAAAGUUGUCGCUUGGCUGUCAUGUUUGCUACUUGUUGAACACACUGCCAGGGCAGCCUGUAGAGAAAGUGAUGGCACAAUGAUGGCAGAGCUGCAGAUUGACCAGUCGAGCCUCCCUCGUGUCCAGGAAGUGUGCCAGAGUUUUGCUGUGUUGGAAGAUGGUGUGUUGGCACAUAAUCUGCAGGAGCAGGAAAUCGAGCAGUACUACACCACCAACAUCCAGAAGAACCAGCUUGUGCAGAAUGACAUCCGUGUAGCCAAGCAGCUCCAGGAUGAGGAGAAGGAGCAGCAGGCCCAGCAGAGAGCCCUGCUGAGACAAACUUCCAGGCGACUAGAGGAACAGGACUUUGAGUAUGCCCGUGUUAUCCAGGAGGAGAUCCAACAAACAUCUGAGGCAGCUUGGAGGAGGGAGCAGGAUGAUGAGGAAAUGGCUAGAAGAAUGCAAGAGGAAGAAGAGCAAAGGAUGAGGAGAACCCGAGACCAGGAGGAGUACUGUGAAGGCAGAUCCAGCGGUUCAGCACCGCCAUCACCAAACCAGUUUACACUCGACCGUCAACAUCAGGGAGAAAUGCAGUACUCACCUACCACCACUAGGUGGCAGUACUCUAACAAUCCUAACCAUCCAGACUUCAGUAGGCCUCCAGAUUACUACCCAGGCAGGAUUGAAACUCACAAAACCAUAACUGUGCGGUCUGAUAAGGGACAUACACACUCCCGUGGAGAACUGAGAAGGGAAUUAGAAGAGAGACAGAUGCAUGAAAAUUGCAAGGACUAUGUUUAUUUAGAAAACCAACCAAUUAAAAGACACAACACAGUAACCCUCCAUCGCAGAUCAUCCUUACGUUUGCCUCGAGAGAGAGACUUCAGGACUCUUAACAGCAGGAUCCCAGAAGAGUUUGAUUGCUGGGAGAAGUAUUAUGAGAAUGGUGAUAAAGACCAGAGGGGGACAAGGGACUUGAAGCGGGAAAGGAGCUCCAGGGUGAAAAAUGCGGCUUCGACAAUCUCCAGUAAUGAGAAUGGAUCUUCAAGGUCAGUCGAGGUUGGACAACGGUGCAGUCGCAGUGAAUCUGUCAGGCUUUAUGACGCUACUGAUAAAAAGAAGAGCGACUUAACUAGGACUUGGACCUACAGAGACAAUCCUGACAAACAUGUCCACUUCGCUGCUGACACCAGGAGCUUAAAUAGGUGCCAGGACACAAACAUGGAUGUGUGGGAGAUGCUUGGCUAUGUCCUCCAGGAAAGAGGUGUCCCUGUGAGGCUUGGCGGCAGCGGAGCACCCCUGAAAAUAGGUCCUCAAAGCAGAGACAGGACUGAUAUCUUCUACGGCAAUUCCCAACCCCAUCAGGCGGCCUUCCAAAGAACUGCCUCUGCCAGGCACAGUUUCCAUGGAGACAUUAGGGAAAGGAAAAGAUUAUUUCACAGGGAGAACAGUGAGUGGGAUCACAGAGGAACUAAAGACAGCCAUCAAAACAUUUUGCUGCAUGACAGACAGCUUUAUGAUAUAAGUAGCAGAGACUCGUGCCUAACCAACAAAGAGAGGCAGCACAGUAGCAGUUUGAGAGCACUUAGAAGUCCUGACAAUGAGUAUGAGAGGGUAAGCAGUUCCAGCAAUGAUGGAGUCAAGAAAACAACUGGCAGGCCUUGGCACAGUACAGUAGAACAUUUCAGUACUAAUGAUGAGAUGGAAAGGGAAGUAAAACAGCCUCUUCGCAGAUCCCUCUCCAGCAGAUGGUCCGGGUCAAGACGCAUGGCAGCAGUGGCAUCACUAAAACCCAAGAAAGAUCAGACAAGCUUAGACAUGGGAGAACUCCGGCAGGUUCUACAGGAUGAAGAGGUGGCCCGCAAGAUGCAAGAAGAAGAGUCAAAGUUUUUUUUGAGGACCUCACAGUCCACACCAUGUGGAUGUCACCCACAGGGAGACUUCCGCAUUGCACAAGUGGCCCAGGACGAAGAAAUCGCUCAUUACAUGCAAAAGCAAGAAGUAAAGUCACACCGCAGAUCACAUGAUCUCGAAGGACCGGGAUCAUGGCGUGAACACAGAGCUAUGAUGAGUCUGCACGACAGGAGAAGUGCAAGAGAGAGACAGGUGCAGAGAGAGAGGCUCGAUUCUGAGGGUUUUCCUUCUCCCACAGAGGACUGUCCCCCAGAGAACCAGCCUCCCAGCCCCAUUUCCACACUACCACAACCCCAGCAGCAAAGGAACAUUGCGGAGGAGCUAGACCCGACCUUCCAGACCAGAAGGCAAGGCGCAGACAUCCUCCAAAUGGGACAAAGCGGCCCCAUCAGUCAGUCACUUCCCGCACCACAUUCAGGCCUGCCGGACUUUCCCCAGGAGCCAAACUUCAUCCCGCCCACCAAGCGCCCGACAGACAAACAAGGACGCACUAAACCCAAAGAAAAGAAAGAAAAUUGUAAGCAACAAUAAACUUCCAGCAUUAUGAUAUUUUUUUGUACUAAAGACACCAAUAGUUUUGUAUUUUUCUCCAUUUGCUUUGAAUCCCCACCAGCACUUAUUACCAUUUUAGAGUAUUCCUAUAAACAAGGAACUGGAAUUGUUAAAGGGAAUUCUGGCAUGUAUUAUAGUUUUGUUUUGAGUGUUUAUUUAAACAAUAUGUUUUUUAUACAGUACAUGUUACUUUACUUAUAGCAGCAUGCUGACAUUGGUAAAAAGACAACCAGCACGUAAAUUGUAUUAUAAGCUUCCUUUAUUAAUUACAACAUAUCUGCAAAAGUAUGCAUGUGUGUAUUUUCAUUUGCCAAAUUGUCAGAGUUGCAACAAAAAAAUCCCUAAUGGAAUUUCAUUUUAAUGGGGAACUGCACUUUUUUUUGGAGUUUUGCCUAUUUAUGAAAGACAUGAUGACGAAUGGAUUUCUUUUUUUAAUGCAUUCUAACUUGGAAAUAAAAGUCUACCUACAGCGGAGCUAAUGGGAGCUCCUCUAUUACAACCAUAAAAUCAGAUAAAUUACCAUUCAAAAAGCGGCAACAAUACUCCAUUUACAUUUUGUGACUUGAAUAUUAAGCAAGUAUUAGUGAUAUUGUUAUUGUAAAUCCUAACGCAGACAAACUAUUUAGAGCGGCAACGUGAUCUCUACCGUGUGUCCCUAUGUUUACAUCGUCCAGUAGUCUGCUGCUUUCUCCCUUCCUUGCUCUGUUUAAGUUUAUUCGAGAUCAUAAAUCAUGCAUCUUGGUUGUACAUGAGACAUCUGAGUAGGUAUUCCCACAAGUUGGUACACUUUGACAGCCAAUUAAGACCCGAAACUUACAAGGACAAUGCAAAAAGACGCUUGUUUCCCCCACCCUUUUUCUUUGUGAGGAUUAUGAGACAUUCUUCAUCUUAAUGGGAAUAUAGGAACAUCCAAGCAGUAGGCAUCCUAAUGACAGCUGCACUCGUAAGUAAUUGAUGAUUAUGUUUGUUAGCUCUUAUAAAGUCUGUAGUGAGCAGAAAUCAGUGAUCAAGGAAAAAAAAAAAAAGCAAACUUGAAGCGUUUUAUAAAUUAAUGUGCCACAUAUGUUUAAAAUGAUCAAACUGCAAACAUAUGAACUGUUCUUAUACUACAUUUCAUGUAUACUUACAUCAUCUAUAUAAACCUCAAUGGAGGUGAAUUGUGCAGCUCCUAUAGGCUCCAUUGUAAGCAAACUUGUAAUUACAUUUAUUUAAUAUUUAAAAUGCAAAACAAUAUAUAACAUCCAUCCUCAUGUCUUUCAUAAUGAUUCCAAAAAAGUUCAGUUCUCCUUUAAGUCACGACUUAAAUCAAAUGAACAUGAUGAUGAGUUUCUUCCAGGUGUUCAUGCACCUGUGCAAUGACAAUCAAAUUAUUUAUGUUGAAUAAUGGAAUUACUAACUUAUAUAAAAUUGGUUACAGUGGGUGUAGUUUUAGUUAAAAAUGCUGUAGGAAACAUUGUUCAUUCAUCCAUUUUCACCCGCUUGUCCCUUUAACUAUAAUUAAUUUUAUACUCCAAAGACUCUUUUGAACCGGGUAAUCAUGUUUGAAGAAGGCUUUAUGAACACUGAAAUAUGAAGCGUGGAAGAUGUUUAUAUCACAUGCACAUUUAGCCAGCUAAGCUUGAUUUAAUUUUAGGGCUAAUUCUAAAAGUGCAACUGAACAGUUUUUUUCUCUUACAUUUUCUUGUCUUUUUUGUACAAACUAAGCACAUUUCCCACUGAAAUAUUAUAUCUGUAAAAAUGAAAUAAAUACUUAUGAUAAUUGAAA